CACAAGGCUCAGUUUUCAAGUUGCAUCAAUUUGAUCUGUUUCCGCUACGUUUGAUCAAAUUGUUGCUGCCCGUGGUCAUUGCGAGCUCGUAUUCGGAUUUGGGCUUCGACACGCCACCGAGACAUGAACAAGCUACCGGAUGAGAUAGUUCUUCAAGUACUUUCCUUCUUGGAAGUCCAUGAUCUUGUUACAUGCCAAUAUCUAUCUCGUCGCUUUCUAGACCUCUGCCGAGAUGAUAACCUUUGGAAACUGGAAUGCUUUGACGCUUCACGAGCCGAGUCCAGACGUAAACGUCAGCGAGUCGAUCCUACCAACACUCAGCUUCAUACCUUGAGAUCUGCCUUCAACCAACUUUCAGGGCAGCCUUCACAGCCUUCAGACCCAGAUGAUGGUCCAAGGCUUUCUGCAGUAGCAGAGACACAGCGUGCUUUGGCUAAUUGGGAUCCUUCGUACGGUCAUGAAAAUAUCAGCUUCUACGAUGAGUAUAUUCACCGUCAUGCUCCAAUCAGUAUUGGAUGGCUCUCCAUGCCAGGAGAUGAUCCUCCAGAAGCUACCGGACUUGGCUUGAUCCAAGAUUCGGAUAGUAACCCCGAGCAUCUCGCUGCAUCUUUGGACGAUGGUAGUGUUUGCAUAUGGGACGUGCGACCCAGAGACACCGACUCUGACUUGUCACAAGGUCGUAUUGUCGGCAAGAGUUCUCCCGGCCUUCUUUCAGGCGGAUGCCGUGCAGGUCAGUCUCGCGAAGAGAUCAGGGCAAUCAUGACCGAGACAGGCGCUGUAGAGUCUGUGAGUAUCGACAAUAAUCGAGGCCGAGGAUACUUUGCCCAGAAUAGCACAUUGGUCGAGGUAGAUCUUGCUACACUCCAAGUCGUCUCGCAAGAAAUCUUUCCCUUCCCAGUCGCAGCUCUAUCGCAGUCCCGCGAUUCGAGUCUUGUCGUAGGCACGAACUGGACCAUCCAUAUCCACGAUCCGCGCAACAAGUCGAAGUCAGCUGUGGAUCCAUCCUUACGAUGCGAAAUUAUUGGUGGACCCUCGGCAACCCAUGCCUCGUUAUCGCAACCUGGUCCGCUGUCCAUUCUUGACAGAGCGGAAGAUGAAUCUAUCUGGAUUGCAGGCAGGUUUACUCACCUUCUGAACUAUGAUCGCCGCUUCUUUCCAAGAAUUCUUGGGACAGUACACUCGGGAGGACGCAUAUCCUGCAUUGCUGAAACGCCUCGUCCAUAUGUCCCACGCUCUCUGGACUUGCUUCAGAACCCAACAGUCACAAUCGCCGAUGUAUAUGCGGCCAAGACUGCUCAUGAAUCGACCAUAUUGGCAGCAGGCGAGUACAAAGGCAAAGGUAGUCUCGAAUUCUAUGGACUUGCACCCUCGUCUUCGGGCUCAGUAAUCACAGAAAGCUACCGCAACCGCCAGACAGCUGCUUCGACACGACUGUUGUCGGUCGCAGCACACGGAUACUCUACGGUAUUCAGCGACGGCGAUGGCAAUCUGAAGUGGGUUGAACGAGAUGGCAUGACAGCUAUACGCAGCUAUAACAUCAACGAGGCCGUAGAUCCGCCGUGUUUCAAUCAAGCACAAAGCACAGCACAGGGGCCGGACGAGCCAUCGCAGGGAGACAUAGUACAGAAGAUGAUCCCUCUUCGGCCUUCAGGGGGCUCAUGGUCCAGUAAGAGGGCCGACGCGAACCAAUCAGAACUGGUGCUCAAGACUGGUGAUGGUCGGAUAGGCGUUCUGGGCUUCGGUCACAAUACGCUAUACACACGUGAAGAAAAGGAGACGAUUGUGGAAACCACGGAGCAGAGGGAGAGAAGGGAUGCCGAGAAGCAAUACCGAGAGACAUUGGGACGAGCACUGCAAAGUCAGGCCGACGAAGUGAGGUUCAUGAGAGGAUUGGGUCUUCUAGGGUGACUUCAAUAGGUGGCUCUCACGUCGAAUUUGCUGUCAAAAUGCAACCUGUUUCUGAUGCUCGAGUAGCUGUCCGCUGAGAGCGCGUACACCUUCUUGCUCCCUCUGGACAUUGCAUCUACGUGGGAAAUCACCUUGCCUUUUGAUGGUUGUUUUUGAAGACAACCUAGCGAGCUGAGAGCUCAGUUCUUGUUCGACUCCUAUACCUCUGCAUUUUACGUUAUUGUACUCUAGAUGAUCACAAUGAGAGUGACUGGCCCAAGCUCUUGACCAACU